AAACAGCAACAGCAACAACAACAACAACAUGUGGAUAUUACAAGUGAUAGUACAACGACAGCAGCUACUCGAACGGAGCCUCUUCCGACCGCGCUGACGGCGUUACCUAUGGGGCCGGGGAUAGCGGAGGCGGCGGCUAGCAUAGCGGCAGCAGUGGAGGGACAGUUGAAGAGUAGUGCUCCUAAAGUAUAUGAGGCUAUGGCGAUGGAAAGUAAUGAUACGCCUUUGUUGCCUGGUGGGCUGACGCCGAGUCUGGUAGAGUCCGGCACGUUGCCGCGCCCACCUAGUGAUUGGUCUCCGACUAGCAGGACUAGCAGAAUGAGCAAGCCCUCGGUUACCCCUUUGAGUAGAAUGGGUGACAAUCUCGAGGACACUAUUGACCGAAAGCAGCAGCAGCAGCAAGGAUCGACCUUCGAUUUCCUCGACCAACUUCCACUGGCUGGAGGUCUGGGGAGUUUCCGUCCACCACUGCCACAGGAGAGUAUGGAUGAUCACUAUCAGCAGCAGCCGCAUCAUCAUCAGCUAAUGCAUCAAGAACAGCAGCAUCAGGCAGCGUAUGGCCCUGCGAUCCCUACAGCUAUGCAUGGUAAAGGCUUCUACUAUGAACAGUCGCCGGAAACUGAACGCUUUAUGGGCGGGCAUCAUCACCCUCCCAUACCGCCGUACCAUAUGCAGCAACAGCAACAGCAGCAGCAGCAGCAUCGCGAGUACAACCACUAUCCUGACCGUAUGCCCUACGCUUAUGACCAUCCUAUGGCACAUCAUCAUCAUCAGCCAGUGUUCGAUAGCAGCAUGCAUCACUACAAUAACGGACAUGUUCAGCCGGUAGCACCUCAGCACUCCCAUGCUGGGUAUGGCGAUGAGGCUUCGAGACGUCGAAGGGAGUUUGAGGCGAUUGCUGCUGCUACUACAGCGGCCCAUAGUAGUCAGUACCCGAGGCCAGGACCACCACAACAGGAAUACCAGCAACAGCAGGGCACAGCCCCAGCAGCUGAGGGGGACACUAGGGCGGUGAAUGAGUACAGACGUAUAGUGCAUGACUAUGUUCCGGACCCUGAGACGAUGAGUCUUGGCAACAACGACAACUUUCUUGACCUUUGCGCUGGAGAUGUGGUUAGAGUGUUGGAAGUGACGGCGAGUGGCUGGGCUGCUGGCAUGAGAGUAGACGAAGAUUGGAGGGACAUACCUCACCCUCAGACGGGGUCUACUGCGUGGUUCCCUUAUAGCUUCUCAGUGGCUAUAGAACGGUAGAUAUAUGUAUGCAAUGGUGCUCUCACUGGUGCUACUAUCAAGUAGUAGUUAUUGGGUUAAUGAGUUUCAGUAUGACGAUUGAUAUUUACUAUAACUUUUGAUGAUACUUUUCAUGGUAAUAAACGGCAACUAAUGAACGCUGAGGCGGGCGCAUAUCACACCGGUCACGGUAUCGCUGGUAGUGAUAGCAGCAGCUGCAGCCUCGUUGACUUAGC